AUCGUUUUCAAGAUGGCCGAGACAGAUGUUUUGGAGGUAGAAGUUGACGAUCGCGCCGAUUUUACUGAAGAUGCUGGAGAAGAGGGUGUUAAAAAUUUGAAGAAGGGAGCGACGAAACGAAAAGGCAGAGGAUUCAAAGAUGAUCAGAAUCCUUCACUUAGUGAACCAUAUGAUACUAUAGAGACUGAACAAGGAGGUGAAACUGGACCACAAAGAUCUGUCGAAGGAUGGAUUCUUUUCGUGACAAAUGUCCAUGAAGAAGCACAGGAAGAUGACAUUUAUGAUCUCUUUUCGGAAUUUGGUGACAUAAAAAAUCUUCAAGCUAAUCUUGAUCGCCGCACGGGAUUUAUGAAGGGAUACGCACUUGUUGAAUUUGAAACUUUCAAAGAGGCGCAGGCAGCAAGGGACGGUCUAAAUGGGUCAGAACUUUUGGAGCAAAAGAUAUCAGUUGACUGGGCAUUUGUACGUGGAUCUAGUAAGAAGUCAAGAAGUAGAAGAAGAUAAAGACAUUGCUGUUCUCAGAUUCACCAAACAUAUUUGGUAUUCUUUAUGGUGGUUUGAAAAACUGAUCGCGUACAAAAUGAAGAAAAACUUUUUUAUUCUAGUGGCAUACACUUGAACAUCUCUACAUGUUGAUUUUUGAUUUUUUAAAUGUAAAAAUACGUACACCUGUAAAAAAUUGUUGAUUGUAAGACGUAUUGUUUCCCCCAUUAUAUUUACUUCAACAUUUCCAUAUAAAAUACAUAUCACCACAAGCCCUUGA